AUGGUCCGAUCUGGAGAAAAGCUGCGUGUGGCAGCGGCGUUGAUGACAUGUCUUUCAGCCGUCAACGGUCAGGAGGGAUCGACUGAUGCCGGCCCAGUCUGGGUGCAUGCCGACUACAUGAGCAGUCCGCCCGUAUAUCCGUCUCCAAACAUUACGGGAAUCGGGGGCUGGGAGGAUGCUUUUGAGAAGGCAAAAGCCUGGGUCUCGCAACUGACACUCGACGAGAAGUCUCUGUUGGUGACCGGCACUGAGGGUCCCUGCGUUGGAAACAUCGCCCCUAUUGCUCGCCUCAAUUUUACGGGUCUUUGUCUCCAAGAUGGUCCGCUAAGCGUCCGUCAGGCUGAUUUCGCCUCCGUGUUCCCGGCCGGUUUGACCGUUGCAGCAGCGUGGGAUCGAAAGCUUGCAAAGAAGAGAGGUGAUCAACUCGGGGCUGAGUACAAGGGCAAGGGAUCACAUGUUGCUCUAGGACCAGUAGCAGGUCCUCUGGGUCGUCAUGGUCUGGGUGGUCGCAAUUGGGAGGCAAGUUAUAUCCACGGCUUCCAUACCUAUCCAUCUGACAUCUCAUUAAAGGGCUUCUCUCCCGAUCCAUAUCUUACUGGAGUCUUCAUGGAGGAGACCAUCAUAGGCAUGCAAGACGCUGGAGUUCAAGCUUGUGCAAAACAUUUCAUUGGCAACGAACAAGAAACUCAGCGAAACCCUACCACAAKCGCCAACGGAAACACCAUCGAGGCAAUCUCAUCCAAUAUCGAUGACCGCACCAUGCACGAGCUUUACAACUGGCCUUUUGCUAAUGCUGUUCAUGCUGGUGUUGCUUCCAUCAUGUGCUCCUACAACAGAGUCAAUCAGUCUUACGGGUGUCAGAAUAGUAAGCUCCAAAACGGAAUCUUGAAGGAGGAGCUUGGCUUUCAGGGUUGGGUCGUUUCAGACUGGAUGGCCACCCAUGCAGGCCACCAAGGCGCUGACGCAGGGCAAGAUGUGAACAUGCCGGGCGGAAUCAGCUUCUCACGGUCUGUCCCGAGUCUCUGGGGGAAGAACCUCACCUACAGUGUAGAGAAUGGUAGCUUGGCUAUGAGUCGUUUGGAUGACAUGGCACACAGACUUAUGACGCCAUACUUCUGGCUACACCAGGACGAUUAUCCUGCUGUCGACGGCAGCAGUCCCGGUCUACAGAGGUUUGCGCCCCCGAGCAGCUACCGGUACAACUACACAUACGGACCUUCUUCCGUUGAUGUACGCGCAAACCACAAGGAGCUCAUCAGGGAACUUGGUGCCGCGGGUACCGUACUCCUCAAGAACGUGAAUAAGGCUCUCCCAUUGAAGGCACCCAAAAACAUUGCAGUCUUUGGAAACGACGCUGCUGAUCUAUCAGAUGGCCUUUACUUCUCGAAUCUCAUCAGUGACGCGGGCUUUGAGCUUGGUGUCCUCCCUGUUGCCGGUGGAUCUGGAACGGGUCGUUUGACUUAUGUCGUCUCACCUUUGGAGGCCAUCAAGCAGAAGGUCGGCGAUACUGGUCUCGUGCAAUAUAUACUCAACAACGAGCUGGUCAUUGGCAAUGGAGGUAGCGGUACAAUCUUCCCAGCUCCCGAAGCGUGUCUGGUCUUCCUGAACACCUGGGCCAGCGAAGGUUAUGACAGAGUGAACCUCGAACUCGACUGGAACGGCACUGCCGUGGUCGAGAGCGUUGCCGCUAACUGCCCCAACACAAUUGUCAUCACCCACUCCGCGGGACUCAACACACUACCCUUUGCUGAGCACGAGAACGUCACUGMGAUUCUAGCGGCUCAUCUCCCAGGUCAAGAAGUUGGUAACAGCAUCGUUGAUAUCCUUUGGGGAGAUGUCAAUCCAAGCGGCAAACUUCCAUACACCAUUGCCUACAAGGAUGAGGACUACAGUUUCGCAGCAAUCGUCAACUCAACCGAGCUACAAGAAACCGAAGAACAAUACAUCUGGCAAGCAGAUUUCACCGAGCGCCUCCUAAUCGACUACCGCCAUUUCGACCACGUAAAUCAAGACGUCCUCUACGAAUUCGGUUUCGUUAUGGAAGUCUCACACCUCUCCCAGCCUCCCUCCCAACAAUUCCAGGCGGAAACCCAGCCCUCUGGGAAACAGUCUAUAAAAUCACAGCAGCAGUAA